AAAAGCACUGUGCGCACGUUGAUUUCGGUCAUUUCGUCUGGAGAUCUCCGGUCGAAUAUCUACAGGAGGCCCGCGGUUUUUAACAUUGAUCCCGAGAGAGCGUGUCCUCUCUCGUAAUUCUAACGGUCGCUCGCUCUUUGAUCAAGGGGAGAUUCGAAUUUCGAAAAAGAUCAUGGCAGAGUGUAUGAUAAAAUCGAUAAAUAUCCCCGUGCCGGACGAUGGGCUAUCGGCGGCACAGUUGUUCGCUGCCGGCGAUGGUCUCACUUACAACGACUUCAUCAUUUUACCUGGUUACAUUGAUUUCACCGCGGAAGAAGUCGACCUGGUCUCGCAGUUAACGAAGAAGAUUACGAUCAAGACACCUCUGGUUUCAUCCCCUAUGGACACGGUCACAGAAUCCGACAUGGCUAUAGCCAUGUCCCUGUGCGGUGGAAUCGGAAUAAUUCAUCAUAACUGCACGGCUGAAUAUCAAGCCAACGAAGUGCACAAGGUCAAGAAGUACAAGCAUGGCUUCAUCAGAGAUCCAGUUGUUCUGUCACCAAGCCAUACAGUCAAGGAUGUUCUAAAUGUGAAAGCCGAGCAUGGCUUUUCUGGCGUGCCCAUCACGGACACCGGGAAGGUCGGAGGUAAAUUAUUAGGUAUCGUCACGUCUAGAGAUAUUGACUUUUUGGACAGCACUCCGAACCAGCAAUACAUCAAGUUGGAAACGAUCAUGACAAAGUUAGAAAACUUGAUCACCGCUACUGCUGGCGUGACAUUGCAAGAGGCGAAUAUAAUCCUGGAGAAAUCGAAAAAGGGAAAAUUACCGAUAGUCAAUGAAAAGGGGGAACUGGUGUCUCUGAUGGCGAGAACCGAUUUAAAGAAGAACCGCAGUUAUCCGAACGCCAGUAAGGACGAUAACAAGCAAUUAUUAGUCGGUGCAGCGAUCGGAACACGGAGCACGGAUAAACAGCGGCUGCAACUUCUAGCCGCAGCCGGCGUCGACGUCAUCGUCUUAGACUCGUCACAAGGCAAUUCCAUAUAUCAGAUCGAUAUGAUCAAAUACAUUAAAUCAGAAUUCCCCGACCUACAAAUAAUAGCUGGGAACGUGGUGACGACUAUGCAAGCGAAGAAUCUCAUUGAAGCUGGUGCCGACGCUUUGAGAGUAGGUAUGGGUUGCGGCUCGAUUUGUAUCACUCAGGAAGUGAUGGCUGUGGGGAGAGCUCAAGCAACUGCGGUAUACAAAGUGGCGGAGUACGCGAGAAAAUUCGGUGUGCCUGUCAUCGCCGAUGGUGGAAUUCAGUCCAUCGGGCAUAUCAUUAAAGGUAUAAGUCUAGGCGCUAGCACAGUAAUGAUGGGAUCGCUGUUAGCCGGAACCUCUGAGGCGCCAGGCGAAUAUUUCUUUAGCGACGGGGUACGUUUGAAGAAAUACAGGGGUAUGGGCUCGUUGGAAGCCAUGAAUAGAAAAGAUGCGCAGGGCUCGGCUAUGGACAGGUACUUCCAUAACGAGAUGGAUAAGCUGAAAGUGGCCCAAGGUGUCAGCGGCUCGAUAGUCGAUAAGGGAACUGUUUUGAAGUUCCUGCCGUAUUUAUUGUGCGGCAUUAAGCACGGAUGCCAAGAUAUAGGAGCGAGAUCGAUAUCUGCUUUGAGAUCUAUGAUGUACAGCGGAGAACUAAAGUUCGAGAGAAGAACGCACUCCGCUCAGCAGGAGGGGAACGUUCAUAGUCUUUUCUCGUACGAAAAGAGACUUUUUUAAAUAGGAACAUACUGAGGAAGUAACUUCCAAAAAAAAAAGUACCUGCAUUUAAUUGCAUAUGAUUUGUCGAUUUUUAAGUAUACGUGCUUACAUACAAAUAUGUAUGCAACUGUGCAAAAUUGUAUUACGAGAACUCAUAUCGGUUUUUGAAUAGUAGACAAGUGAAAUUAACUUCACGAUUUGUGUCAAAUUUAACGAAACUCAUUUUAACGAUUAACUUUUUGCUACGAUGUACUUACAAGUUGUAUGUAAUCCUCCAAGUACAGUUCGAUCACUUUUAUGGAUACAACUAUGACUGAGAUUUUACAGAUAACGUCUUAACUAUGAUAUUACUUUCAUAUUUUUUUCUUGCAGCGUUCACUGUACCUGAUUUGUACGACUAAAAAUUUUACAUCUCCCUAUAGGUACCGCUCGAAACUGUAAUCUCAAUCGAAACUCGAAACUAUAAGAAACCUUUUAAAAAUUUACAAUGCAGCAAGAAGAAAAUACAUGUUCAUGAAAUUAUAAAUGCCAAACAAUGGGAACACGCUGUUGGAAAGAAAAUUGAUCAGUUUGACUACUUGUCAGCUGAUCGUUCAUUCCUAUUCCAAGUGAUGGAAAGUACAUCAUUUCUUAGAUGCCAUUAUUUUAAUGUAAUUUAUCGAAAUAUAUUUUUAUGGUUCUGAUAUGAUACAACCUAUCUCUCGAGAUAGACGACUUAGGUCCAAAUAUUUAAGCUAAGUCAAUUAAUUUUGUAAUCUUAUAAAUACACCGAUUUCGACGAAAAAUGUAAUAGAUCGUUCUAUUAUCGUUAGCUUGCAAAUUUUAUACAGCCGUUGUUACAACAAAAUUGUAUAUUCGAAAUAAACCCCUAAUUGACGUUAAAAAUA